ACUCAUCAUAAUGCGGUGCCAUUGAUCGCUCUCUUAUACGCCGCACCCAAGGGUUUCCCUGUGUCCCCUCCUCUGUGCCUGAUUCACGAUUACCGGUCACAGCAGCUAAGCGUCUUCGACUCGCAGAGUCUCGCCUCUUAUCUCUCUUGCAAUCAACGGUAAUCCUCCUUACUCGUGUCUCAUUAAUCCUGACGAUUCACCUGUCUCGAACCUUGCUUCAAUUUACGCUUCCAAGUGUCGAUCAUCGAAGACAUUGAUCAAAGCGCGAGAAGUUGAGGAACACUCCAAACGCUUUCUAAUGAGUUCAGGAGGUGCAUUUGGUGGGAAUAGAGGAAUGAGACCAAUGCCACCAGAAAAAGGAGUCUUCCCUUUGGAUCACAUGCAUGAAUGUGACCCGGAGAAGAAAGAUUACCUGAAUUGUCUCAACUCUUCUGGCCGCCAAUCUGAAAAAUGCCAACCCUUCUCCAAAAAGUACCUAGAAUGUCGUAUGGCAAAGAACUUGAUGGCAAAGCAAGAUAUGGCAGAGCUUGGGUUUGGAAGACAAACAGAGAUGGAAACGUCCGGAGAGAAGAAUAAUGGGAGUAUUCAUAACUGAAGUCUGAAGUUGAUUAGCACCAAGCUAUGUAGUUAAAAUGCUGAAGUUGCUUCCUGAAAUUGACUGCUGUUUUAGGUUGGAAGAACUCUCCAUUUGGGUAUAAUUUUUUGCCUUUUGAUUGGUGCACCUCCCCGUUUUGAAAUUAUCUGUGGAAGAUUCAGAUAAUUAUAGGCUUCUAUGAAUUCUAUUUGGACAUUCAGAAAAGUAAGUUAUAAUUGAAUCACUAAUAA